AUGACGAUAAAUAAGGCUCAAGGCCAGACGCUCGACUCAGUUGGUGUUUAUUUGAGAGAACCGGUUUUCUCGCACGGCCAACUUUAUGUUGCUCUGUCGCGUGCAAAAACCUCGCAUUCUGUAAAGAUGCUGAUUAAACUGCUGUUUGCCAACGACCAGCGGACAUAUGCCUGGCUGUGGAUCUUCGGAGGUCAUGUGUGGCAAAGGAUUUCUUCAUGUGUCUCUACGGUAGCGCCUGCGUUGGGUGGAAAAGAUUACAAUAUUGUGGAGUUUUUAUUCCUCUUUGGUUUUCGUGUUGGCGCAUUGGUGUGGCCCGCUUGUGCUGAGAUUGGCAGAAAAGGUGAUGUGACUGACUCAAUCACUGGUACACUUUGGGGUUUGGCCACGCGAUUUCAGACUGGAAGUGGGGUCGGUGGAAAAAAGGCAGGAAUGAAGAACACCAUGCAAAUUGCGCAGGUUGACGAGAAUGUGAAAGGCUGGACAGUUUUGAUUCAAGUUGUUGAGCGCAGCAACAUAUUUGUUAGUCAAAAGGAUCAAUCCAUUUCUUACCGUCGAUUUAAGUUUGCGGACUCUGAGGGCACGCAAGUUGGGGCAGUAGCGUAUAACAGUAAUAUUAGGGAAUCCUCGCCUAUGCUGCAGCUCUAUAAGAGGUACUAUAUUUCGGGGGCUGCAUUAAAGAGGGCAGACCCGAAAUACAUGGUUGGCUCUUAUCCGUUCACAUGGACAAUCACCAACCGCACUUUGAUUCAACCUUGUGAGGAUAAGCUGCCUGAGAAACUAGACUGUCACAUUGACUGUGAGAAGUUUGGUAAUUUGCAUAGAUUUGUGGACACCGAAGAUCUGCAGAAUGUUCAGGGCGUCGUGGCACAUGUUUUUCAGAUGAAAGAUGUUGGAGUGGACGCGGUGAACAGAGACAUUGUGUUGAUCAAUGAAGAGCUGGUUCCAAUGAUACUUACUCUGUGGAAUGCCUUUGGUGAGAUCGAAGGGUCACAACUAGCUGAAACCAUCAACACUGGAAAUGUUGUUGUGGCUAUGCGAGUGAAAGUCACUACGUUCCAUGGUCUUUCAUUGUCUACUAGAACCGCAAGCUCUAUUCUCAUCAAUCCACCAACGCCUGAUGCCGCUGCUCUCAAACAAUGGUACUUGCAAAACAAGGCAGCUGUGUCGGACCUCAUUGCAGCUGAGGCGUACAGCAACCCUGCAAUUUUGCUCCCCCCGCCAGAAUCUGAGGACAUCAAGACCAUUGCCACAUUUCUAAGCCCCGAGAACAGGGUUCACACUGCAUGGGUUCAAGGAUCAGUUGCUAUGGAUAAUGUAGGGCACCCACUGUGGUUUGGCGCAUGCAUGCUUUGUCUGAAAAAAUUUGACCUCCCCGUGACCUCAGACAUAAGGUGCAGCUCUUGCAACAAGGACAACCAGAUAGUAGCGAGGGCUAGGAUUCCAAUAACCAUUGAAGAUGUGAGUGGCACAAUUGCAGCUGUGGUCUAUGGCGAAGACGGUGAAAAGCUCAUCAACCACACUGCUGCGCAGCUUGAGGAUGCAGACGCACAGGGUAUGGAUUUGUUGGAGAAGUUGCGGGCCGAGAUGAAGGGCACUCAUGGCGUAGCUUUUGUGCGCUCUUAUCAGGCAAAUGGCACAGCCUACACUGUCGUGAAGCUAUACGUGGACACUGAAUUGCCAGGCUACAUACUUCCAGUUUCAGAUGAGUGCAUAACUCAGGAAUCACCACUUAGGACUGAGGCUGAAGAAGAAACAAACGUACAGGCGCCGAGUCUUAAGGCGCACAUUGAGGCAAUACCUUGUGGAACUAUGGGCACACGCGCUGAUCUUUCAUGUAACUUGCUCGUUGGGCAUGAAGUCGACUUCGAAACUGAUGAGAGUGGCGUGAAGUCUGUUGGUAAUCUGCAGGACACCGAGUGCACCGGCGCCUAUCCCACCAAAAAAAUUGUGACCGAGCAGAAGGCAGUGAGUGGCCCAACGAAGAGGGCACACACAAAGAAGUGA